AUGGCGGCUUGCUGGCCCAACGUCCAGUUUUUCCUCAUCUCCCCUCGGAUCAAAUGGAGGACUGACCAGACGGCGGCAGACCAAGAUCCAGUGCCCGAGGAACAACGCACCUGGACAGCGUGGGACUUUGCUACCUACUGGAUGUCUGACCUCAUCAACGUAACUACAUGGCAGAUUGCUUCCUCGGCCAUGCUGGUGGGCCUAAGUACAAGCGACGCAGUUGUCAUUGCUCUCCUCUCGGGCUUACUUAACGCUCUGCCAACUGUACUGAAUGGCGCUCCUGGUGCAGAUUAUCACAUUCCAUUCCCCAUAGCUAUUAGAUCUAGCUAUGGCUACUACUUUGGCUAUUUUUGCGUCGUGUCAAGGUCUAUUCUUGCCAUUAUCUGGUUCGGUGUUAACUGCUGGUUUGGCUCUGUCGCCGUCACUGAGGUCAGCAUGUUUCGACUUUCGCUGCCGUAUGGCCCGAGUACCGCUCCAUCGAGAAUAAACUGCCGCGGGGGCUGGGGUCACGUCUCAACAAAUGACAUCCUACUUUUUGCUCUUUGUAAUCCAGAUCCCCUUCUUUUGCAUUCCUUUCAUCCACCUAAGGCGCCUUUUCCUCUGGAAAGCGAUAUUUCUUGUGCCCGUAUCUGUUGCCAUGGUGCUUUGGAUCUGUCUCAAGGCCGGGGAUCUACAGGGGAUCUACAGGGGAUCUUCAAUCAGCAGGCGCGUGUGUCUGGCUCAACUCGCGCGUGGUUGUGGUUGGCGACGUUCUGUGCAACCACGAAUUCCUGGAUGAGCUGCGCCAUCAACAUGUCAGAUUUUACGAGAAUGAGCAAGUCUAGAAAUGCACCUUGGUCUCAAAUCCCGACUAUUCCCAUCGUCAGAAUUUUAUAUGCUAUUCUCGGAAUCGCCACAGUCGGUGCAGGUAGAACCCUCUAUGACAAGGACAUCUGGAGCCCCGUGGAGAUGCUUCCUCUCUGGACAGGAUCGGGCGGCCGCUUUCUCGCCUUCUGCGCUGGAUGUCUAUGGAUUCUGGCUCAGAUCUCCACCAACCUCUCCGCUAACGGUAUCCCUUUUGGCCACGAUCUGAUGAAUAUUUGGCCAGCCUAUAUCAACGUCCGAAGAGGGUCUCUUCUUUGUCUCUUGUUUGGCACCUGGGCUGUCGUUCCCUGGAAGCUUGUGAGCACAGCAGGUCAGUUCCUCACCUUCAUGAAUGGCUACGGCUGUGUUGUUUGCGCGAUUGUAAGCAUCAUGAUUGCGGACUACUGGAUGAUCAGGCGACGUAUACUCGACAUUCCUGGCUUAUACGACUCCCGCGGUCGCUAUCGCUACAUUGGUGGAGUCAACUGGCGUGCUGCUAUUACGCAGGUCCUGUUUCUCGCGAUAUCGCUUCCGGGGAUUGUGUGGCAAAUCAGCCCGACCAACUCUAUCCCAUUAGGUUUCCAGAGGAUUUACCAACUCAACUGGUUCGUCAAUACUUUUGGCCCACUUCUUCUUUAUUGGGCAUUGUUCAAGCUGUUACCGGACCGAGAGUCCACGGCGGAUAUGGGCAACUAUGCCAUGGAUUGUGCUUCAACAGAGGAGGAGCGGGGAGAAAAUGGCAAACGCAGUUGA